GAAAGAGAGAGUGAGGGAGAAAGAGAGAGAGAGGGGAGCUUCUGGGGAAGAAAUGUCUCGCUGACUGUCGCCUCGACAACCGGAUAUCGGCGCAUGGAGCAGAUGAAGCUGCAGAGGUCAAGUUCAGCUUUAUAAAAGUGGACCAGGCAGGCCUGAACGCUCCACCUGUGAUUCCUGUGUGAUCAGCCUCAGGUGCCAGCAUGGAUGUGGAGGACGAGGCGCUGCUGUUUCGCACCAGCUGGGGUGAUGAUGAGGAGGAAGAGGAGGAGGAGGAGGACGGGGUGGCGCAGGCUGCAGGGCGUGGCUGCUUCUCGGGGACUGUGAGGGUUUGUGGGCUGUGGAAGGGAGUUGGGUGGGUCUACACACAACCCUGGGCCAGCGGGGUGGUCCUAGGGGUGGCCUUCCUCAUGCCCUGCGCCCUGUUUGCCUACAUGCUGCUCUACUGCCCUCCUCUGGACAUAGACCUCUCCUACAGUGCCUUCGAGGUUCACAGCCACUUCUCAGCUGAACGCUUUGAUGCUCUCACCAUCGCCGUGAAGACUCAGCUGGGCUCCUGGGACAGGCGCAGGCGGGACGUCGAUGACAUGGAGUCUGAGGAACUCAAGGAGCUCCUCCUGGAGAAGAUGGCGGAGGGGGGAGUUUUCAACUGGAAAGAGGGGAAGAAAGUGAAGCCCUCCUUUCAAACAGGCAGCACUUUAAAAACAAAAGAAGCCAGAGAAACAAGAGCUGAGCCUGACUCAAGUCAGGAGGGGGUGAGGAGGGACAAGAGUCCCAGAGGUGAAGAGGAGCAGGAAUUGUGGGACGGAAACUCCUCUCUUCCACUCAUUAGGAAGCGCAGAUUUGCUCCUAAUUACUACAUGCAGAGCCAGGCUCUGUGGAGGAUUGAGCUGGUGUUUGUGGCUCAGGGGGAAGGGGAGCGCAACAUCUUCACUUCGGAGCGCCUGGAGACCAUCCACCAUGUAGAACGUCUCCUCAUGCAGCAUCCGCAGUUUCAUCAGUUCUGCUGGAAACCUAUGGAGAUUUUAAGGGAUCUGCCUCUGGGUCCGUCCUAUUGCUCCCCACCCAGCUCUCUUCUGUCUUACCUCUACCCCAGUGAGAGAGCGGGGAAGAUAUACUACGAUGGCAUGGGCCCAGAUCUGGCUGAUAUUCAAGGUUCCUUAAGUCUGGCCAUCACCCACCCACAGUUCUACUGGUACGUGGAUGAAAGUCUGUCCCCCGAGCGUCUCUCCUCGGCUCUCCUGCGCAGCGAGAUCCACUUCGGGGCUCCCCUGCCGUCUUACUACUCCCUGCAGGACCGAGCAGACGAGCAGAGAGCUCGCUUCAAAAACUUUGUGGUUCAGUAUGCAGGCAUGCUGGCCAAGCAGUCUACCAGUGAAGUGAAGGUGCUGUAUGGGGGGACGGAGCUGUUUGAUGAUGAAGUGAGACACACCUUCUACAAUGAUAUGAUGUUGGCUGUCAUCAGCGGAGUCUGCAUCACUGUGCUCGUCUACAUCCUCACCUCGUUUUCCGUCUUUCUGACGUUCUUUGGACUCGCCGCCAUUGGGCUGAGCUGCUUGAUGGCUCUGUUUUUAUACCACGUUGUCUUCGGGGUGAGGUACCUCGGCAUUCUCAACGGAGUCGCAGCAUUUGUUAUCAUUGGGAUUGGGGUGGAUGAUGUGUUUGUGUUCAUCAGCACCUUCAGACAGGCCUCCCAUCUCCGUCGGCCCCGGGAGCGAAUGAUCUACACAAUAAAGACGGCCGGCCGGGCGACAUUCCUCACCUCCUUCACGACCGCGGCCGCCUACGCCGCAAACACCUUCUCUCAGAUCCCAGCCGUGCAUGACUUUGGCCUAUUCAUGGCCCUCAUUGUCAGCUGCGCCUGGCUUUGGGUGUCUGUCAUGAUGCCAGCAGCCCUGUGUAUCUGGACCCGGCAUGUGGAGCCUCACGAACACGACUGGAUGAACUGCGUGAAGCUGCUCUUGGGCUUGUCAGCGAGCUACAGCCCUCUGUCAGAUGAGGAUGAUGAUGUGGCACUUCUGUCAGUGGACAUGGAGCCAGGCUCCUGUGACACAGACAGCGACGGAGCCAUUCUUUCCCUGACAGUGGAUACACCAUUAUCCGCUGCAGGACAGCAUCAGAUGGGUGUGGUGAGCACAAACCUCCAGUGGUGCCUGAAGCACUUAGUGGCUGAGCCGGCAGUGAAGCAUCGGAAAGCGGUUUUAGGCGUCUUUCUCCUGGUCCUGGUCUUCUCUGCGGGCUGCUGCUGCCUCCUGAGGCCGGCCACCCACGCCCCCCUCCUGUUCCGACAGGAAACAAACCUUCAGACGCUGCUGGCCCUGCGCAGCAACCUGAGUGGUCAGGGCAUCUCCUGCCCCACCUGCUCAGGGGUGUUCAUGGAAAAACCACAUCUGCUCUACACGCAUACUCCCUCGUCGGGGCUGAGGUUUUCCACACAUCAGCAAAGUCAAAGCACGACAGCUUCGACUGUCUCCCAGACAUCCAUGAACACAAGCCCGAGCACCAACAACACAGGUAGGGAGGGUAAAAAAAGGUCCUCCAUAUGCAUGAGUGCUGGUCUUGAUGUCUUCAUGUGCUUCUUGGUGUCAGACUCCUUGCUGACUGUGUACAUGUCAAAGCUGGCCCAAGGAGGCUCCACGACGAUCUACAGGUUCUCGCUCAACACCAGCAUCCCGUCGCCGUGGAAAGUGUGCAGCGCGGAGCGUGACGAGGUGUCGUCGUUCCAGGCUUUCAGUCAUCCCCAGAAAAAUUACACCAGCAGGAUGACGGUGUGCGUUUCCCGAGAGUAUCGCCCCUACCCCAGCUGGAUGAUCACGUCCGGCUCGUGCGAUCCCCGCCACGGCUGGACCCAAGAGUUUUCCUUCUACGUCGCUGCGUCUCCGCAGCAGAAUAGCAGGAGGCUGUAUUUUGCUCAGUGCCAUCAGAGACCUCAUCCCAGCAGGCUGUGUGUGAAAACACCUGGUUGUGGCUUCAGUUCUGGGCCUGACGGACCUUUAAAGGGAUCCUUUUACACCCCCCUCCCCAUCGAUUCCUCAUCCGCUGCCAAGACAAAAGCAUCCAGGACAUCUGGCUUCAACCCGUGCAGCGGCGGCACUUGUGGUCGCCCAGCUGUGCGUCCUCUGGUUGACACCGGGGCCAUGGUUUUCGUCGUGUUCGGGAUCCUGGGAGUCAAUCGAAGCGAGAACAGGGAAAACCAUGUGAUUGGAGACAUGGGCAGUGUUAUCCUGGAUCCAGACUUUGAUAUUUUCAAGGAGAUGGGCCAUCUCUGCACAAUCUGCAAAGCUGUUGGUGCAAACAGAAAACUCGUGAAGCCGGGAGGAGCUCAGUGUUUGCCUUCAGGCAACAAGCUCUCCUCAGUUCUUCCUCUGCUCCAUCCUGAGUGCCACUCCCUCCCCGAACCCAAUCUGCUCCCGGGCCAGCUCUCCCACGGCGCCGUGGGAAUGCACGGCGGCAAGGUCCGCUGGUUGUCCAUGGCCUUUGAAUCUACCACAUACAAGGGGAAAUCGUCCUUUCAGACCUACUCAGACUUCCUCCAGUGGGAGAACUUCAUCCAGGAGCAGCUUGCCAGCCUCCCACAGACUUCGGCUCUCCAGCGUGGUUUCCAGACAUGCGAGCACUGGAAGCAGAUCUUCAUGGAAAUUAUAGGUGUGGAGAGUGCCCUCUGGAGUCUCCUGCUCUCUCUCGCGAUCUGUGUGGCCGCCGUGUCUGUGUUUACAGCUCAUCCUCUGCUGCUGCUGCCGGUGCUCAUAACAAUUAUAGGAGUGAUCUGUCUGGUUGUGGCUGUCAUGUAUUGGCUGGGUUGGGAGAUGGGAGCGGUGGAAGCGAUUUCUCUGUCAAUACUUGUCGGAUCUUCAGUGGAUUACUGUCUGCACCUGGUGGAGGGCUACCUGCUGGCUGGCGAGACGGCUUCCCUACUGCCUGGACACAACUCUGAGCCUUCAGCCGAGAGACAGAGGCGAACUUUGGAGGCAGUGAACCAUGUGGGCGUUGCCAUAGUGUCCAGCGCCGUCACCACAGCAAUCUCCACCGUCCCCCUUUUCUUCUGCGUCAUUGUGCCUUUCGCCAAGUUCGGUCAGAUCGUGGCCAUCAACACGGCCGUCUCCAUUUUGUUCACCUUGUCUGUGACUUCUGCCUUGCUGGCCUGCGUGGCCCCGGCCCGCUUCAGCAGGCACCCCGGCGCUGUGCUGAAGGCCAGCCUGGCUGUGACGGCGGCGGCGGUCUUGGUGGGGGCCCUGUGCUGGACGGGCCAGCGGCUGGGGGCCUCGGCCUGGCGGUCCCUCGCCACAUGAACACACUGUUGUCCUCGGCUCACACUGAUGUCAGACAAGAGUAAUGUAUUUUCCUUUACCUUCAGGAGAAAUAUCAGAUCAGUAAGUGAUCUUUAAAGCACAAAGAUGUCAACACUGUCUCAGCAACUGAAAGCUAUUUGUUUUCUAAAAACAGAUUUAUUUGACUUGUCAGUGAGUUUGACACACAGGGGAACAAUCCCUCACCUGUUGAGUGUCUUCUUGUAACUACGUGACUCGGUUCUGUUCUGCCUCUGAGUUGACAUGAUGACUGGGUUAUGGUACUGUGCUUGUUUUUAUUUUUACAACCACAUACGACAGUGGGAUUUUAUAUGACUGACCGACACAAAGUUACACAUAAUUGUGCUGUGGAAGAAAAACUAUUCAUGCUUUGCAAAUCUAAACCUGGUUAUGUCUCAUUCUGGUUAGAUGGAGAAAUAAAACAAAAAUAAUCAGAAUCUUUUUAGUUUGUGCAACUAACAGGAAUCCUCUCAGCAUACUCUCCCACCUGAGCUGUAGACCUCAACAGCAGUUUCUACAGCUGCUUCUCCCGUUAUUGGUCCUCUGACUGGACCUGUUGUUUUGCAGUAAAGACAUCCUCUUAAUUUCCAUGCAAGAUAUUAAAAUAUAUGUAGAGAUGUUACUUCUUUUAAAAUUACACACCGGUGAACUCUUAGUAAUUUGGCUGCUCUGUAUUCUAUAGAGCUGUUCAACAAAAUUAGGGUGACCCCCCCCUACUCCCUUUGCAGACCACACUGCUCAGGUUUGCGUUCAUAAAAAUAUUGAAAAAUCACAUAUCCAGUUAACACUGGUUUGUAUUAAUCUAUUAUAUAAAAUCCCAAUAAAACACACUGGAGUCGUGUUUGUAACAAAGUGCAGGGAAGUUUAAGAGGUUGGAUAAUUUUUGCAAGACACAAUAUUUGGUUCCGUUUUCUCUUCAGCUUUGAGUAAUUCCUGGAAAACGUUGUUGCUUUACGUUGAGUUGUAAAGAGUUGCCGAUGGGUUAUUCAACACAGCGUCUGACUGUAGUGUUGGCGGUUUACAGGAUUUUAUGGUCGUCUGUGAAACUACCUAAUUUUUGUUUAAUGCCGCGUCUUCUCUCGGAAAGCUUUUACCAUGUCCAUCCGCAGCUGGACAAACAGGCGUAUUAACAGAAUUUAUACUGUUUGGUAAAACGUGUUGUGUGAUGUAAAUGUUCUGAACUGAACCUUUGGAAGCUGCCAGCACACAUGUGCUUGUGAAUAAUGUUGCGUUAUUUUUAUGUGAUCAAAUCUUUAACUGCUUUAAGGUUUUUGUAACAACAAAAAAAAAAACAAAUGGAAAGAAUCCUCUCUUCCUGUCCUCAGGUGUAAACUCCAUCACAUUUUAAAAGCACUCAGUGUAAAAGUCUCCUGUCCUCGCAGCAAAGAGCACCACUCGAACACCAAUCAGCCGCAGCCACGCGCUGCCCUGCAGUGAAGGUGAGGACCAUUUAUCAAACCAUAUAACACGAUAAUGGCGAGGGAGAGGAACCCACUCGGUCCUGGCAAGAGUGGUACGUUUCUGGGACUUUUGUGUGUGUGUGUGUUACACUUGUGAAUGUCAAAUAAAGCAGGUGCAGAAAGCUAUUUGUCUUCUCAUUAGUGAAAGGUCAGAGCUGCGUCCUUCUGCUUAGCUGUGUAACGGAGGAGGAUGGAGAGGCGUCACUGAUUGCUUACAGUCGCAUACUUACAGUGGGAGCUCCAGCGUCACAUCGCUACGCUAUUAAUCAUCCAUGCGAAACAACUCAGACUCCGUAAACAGGAGAGAAGUUUAUUCUUAUGCUGAAAAGCAAAAUGAGAAUGAUGUUUUGGUGUCAUACUGUCAUGUAGUUCAUGACUGAUAGUCAGAAAGGCCUUGGUGUAUUGUUGUAAAAUGAAAUAUGUUGCAGCAGAAAGAGUCAUGGAUUAUCCGAAUGUCAGUGAAGGUAUUUGUACAACUCUGAAUGUUUUUUUUUUUUACUACAUAAUGAGUUGAGAUAAUUUUCUGUACUACGUGAAGCUGGUAUUGUGUCACAGAAAGACACAAUACCAGUAAUAGGUUUUA